AUGGGACCUUCACUCAACGCCCACUCCUCGUUCACGCGCCCGCGUACGAGCGAGCGCGAUAUGAGACCGAGCACUCGCGACCAAGGUGACACGAAUCUGAUCAUCCCGAGCAGAACGUCGUCUCUGCACUCGCGAAUUACCCAGCCCAUCCCCGGUACCCUCAACAGCAAGCCUCAGCAGCGGACGCCGAAGACGUUGACCCAUGCCUACAUGGUCUGUGGAGUGGGUAGAGAACCUUCACAAUGGGUGAAAGCGCCCGCUCCAGUACAGGGCAAGAUUGGCCACAUGAAGGGCGCUGUUGGUCAGUUCUGGCUGCCCGAGAUUCUAGGGAGUAGUCCCCGUCUCGAGCAGGAUAACGAUAUUGCCCGGGCUCUACACGCCGCUAUGAGGGCUUGUUUCCCUCACGAUGUCGAGAUAUGCACUGGCCGAAGCCAGCCUCACUGCGUGCACCACGCUUUCGUUCUCCAGCAGGAUUCCUCGCAUACGCUGUACGGAAUAUGUCUACGUGUAUGGUCGCGCGCCGACGAGAAGAGAGCCGAGACGAUACGGGAUCUGAGGAAGCGAACCGAGCCAGAUUACUACGACAACCCUGACGAGACCUACUGGAUUCCGUACUGCCUGUCGUUCCUUUCGCGAUACCCUCUCUACAACUUGCUUGGAGACUACCUGCGAGGAAUGUGGAUUCACUGGAACAAGGCCACGAACCUCUUCCACGCCGAGGAGGUCUCGCGGAUCCUUAGCUUUCCUGCGCCACGAUUGAACGACCUGGUUCGAAUUGACAUGAAAGACUACGCUCUUUGCUACCAAUUUCCUUCUUCGCCCACCGGCUUCCAAAAUUUCCCCAUGUGGCCUCUCUGGACCUGCCUCUCAGUUCCCAACAUUGUUGGCGUCGUUGAGGCAGCCGUAUCUCCUACGCGACGUAUCAUAUUCGUCAGUCACUACCCUGCCAUGCUAACAAUGGCUGCCGAGACCGUUCGAUACUGCGUUCGAGUGUACGAGUGGAGCGGUCUGUAUGUUCCUGUGGUUCACGCACGGCAUGCGAAGGAACUGGCCGAAGAACCUGGUCCUUACAUCCUCGGUAUCACCGCCGAAUGCAGAUCUCUCUUCACAGCACCGACCGACGCGCUCGUCGUUGAUCUCGACCGCAACUUCGUCCUCACAUCGAGCCCACCAACCGCCUUAAGCCCAGGCCAGCGCAAUAAGCUUGUCACUCGCCUCACACAGGCCCUGAACGGCGAUGUGACUCCUUCCGGUGUCCCUCAGCAUCUGCGAUCUGCUUACGGUGGUGGUAAGCUUGUCCCCGCCGGGCAGAUUAUUGUCAUGCGUGGCGAGGUGGAAUCGAUUCAGGACCCUGAGUGGUGGAACCAGGAUGCCGUCAUGUCCGUCAUGGACCAUGUUUGCGAGAAGAUGGGACGUAACAGCGGAAUCAAAGCCGUAUUCGGUGGCGCAGUUAAGAAGCCUUUGAUGACAAAGGUGUCUAUGAGGCACCUGAACGAGAUCGUCCGAGAGCGCAACCAGUACUCGCGUGAUGCUAUGGAGGCAUGGCAAGAUUUCAUCAACCUAAAGGGUCGCAUGGACACAGAAUUGGCGAAGGUUACGAAGCGAAACAACUACCUGGUCGAAGAACUUGAGAGCUGGAAACAACAGUUCCUCAAAUUCCAGGCGUUUGCUGAGCAGCUUACCAAAGAAACCCAAGAUCUCAAGGUCAAGAUCGAGAAUCACAAGCGCGAGAACCGAAGACUUGGUAGUCUCAUUGAUCAGCAGAAGGACGACAACGCACGCCUCUCUGUCCGCCUCACCGGCACUGAAAAGCAGCGUGAUGAUGCUUUGGAGGCUCUCGUGCUUCAGCAAGAGAUUGCCGAAGAGCUCGAGCGGGAACGCAAGCGAAACAAGAAGGAGCUGUCUGCGCUGCAGCACACCAAUAUCACCCUGGUCCGACAGCGUGACGAGGCACGCCGUGUCGUUCUACACCUACGCAGUCUGGUAGGAGGCCAGUCGCACCACAUGGAACACCUGGUCCAAUCCAUGUCAAACCGAGACGACAUUGCCAGUGAGCUUGGCGAGAGCUACGAGGAUGAGGAUGAGGAUGGUGAAGAGACACGAUCAGAUGACCGCCUGGUCAGCCCGAGUCAAGCAGGCAACAAGCGUCAUUCUUCCGCCAGCUUCAACGAUGUGGCUGAUCGUCAGCUCAAGGAUAAGACAGACGCCAUUGCCCACAUUAUCAGAAACAUUGCGGAGCAAUGCCAGGCUGCUGUGGAAGGCCUGCAGCUCGCUCAAGACGCUGACAGCGAGCCAAGGUCAUCUCGUCGGGCAAGCAACUAUUCAAAUGCCCAGAGUGACGAUGGCCGCCACUCGGCUGCGGCGUCGGAAAUCGGCGACGACAGCCUGUUGCACCCCUCGGGACGUGCAUCGAGCAUACCUCCCACUCCUGACUUGAUCCCGAACCGAAGCAGCACUGCCAUGUCCAUGGCCUCAACCAUGACCACGCCUGAGCGGUCAAGCCUGCAAUACAAUGUCCACCACGACAUACCGACCAAGAUUGUCGAGGGCAAUGAGGACGAAUACGCCGACCGAAGUGACAAUGAGGGCAUGGCCCAGGAACAUGGUCUCGUUGGCAAGCAUGCUGCAAGCCUCAUGAACCGCCCCUCGGGUGCCCGAAUCAGUGCCCUCGGUGGUACCCGCUAA